AUUGAAAGUUAGGUUAACUUCCUUUUUUCCGGUGUGAAAAGCCGUGAGUAACAUAUCUUCAAGAUGGGGAAGAUUAUGAAAACAGGAAAAGUCGUAUUGGUCCUUAGCGGCCGAUAUGCUGGAAGAAAAGCUAUUGUCAUGCGUAAUUAUGAUGAUGGUACCACAGAAAAACAAUAUGGACAUGCAAUGGUUGCAGGCAUUGACCGAUAUCCACGUAAAGUACAUAAAAGGAUGGGUAAAGCAAAAAUUCACAAGCGUUCCAAGAUCAAGCCUUUUGUGAGAAUAUUAAAUUAUAACCAUUUGAUGCCAACAAGAUAUACUGUAGAUUUGCCUUGGGAAAAAGUAACACCUAAAGACCUAAAAGAUCCAAUGAAGCGUAAGAAGAUUCGAUUUCAGACUCGUGUUAAAUUUGAAGAAAAGUACAAAUCCGGUAAAAACAAAUGGUUCUUCCAAAAAUUACGAUUCUAAUUAAAUUGAAAUAAAUAUAAAAUCUACAAGA